AUAACAAGAUUAGUAUUAUACACAACUUUAGACUACUCGCAACUUCAGAGGCAUCAGUAUGAAAAUAUUUUUCGCAAUUUUAAUUCUUUUAAUCACAGUUAUCUAUAUGUGGUUAAGAAAUAAACACAAUUACUGGAAAAGGCAACAAGUGGAAACUGUCAGUUUAAAAACUUUCUAUAGAAAAAAUCGUAAACAUGUUGCCUUUAUCAUACAAGACAUCUAUAAGAAAUUGAAAGUGGAUAAUAAGUCAUAUAUAGGAGUAUAUAAUUUUAUAACUCCAGCUUUGAUAGUCAAAGAUCUUGAUAUAAUUAAGGCGAUAUUAAUCACGGACUUUGAAAAAUUUCCCGAUAGAGGUUUCUAUUCAAAUCCCCAUAAUGAUACAUUGUCUACAAAUUUGGUACGUUUAAGUGGUGAUAUGUGGAGAAAAAUGCGACAAAAAUUAACACCCACUUUUACUUCGGGCAAAAUGAAAAUGAUGUUUCCCACUGUGUCCGCUAUCGGUGAGCGUUUUAUAGAUACAAUCAACGAUCAGAUAGAGAAUCACGAGGUGGUGGUGGAAAUUCGAGAUUUAUGUGCCCGUUUUACCACCGAUGUUAUAGGCAGUGUGGCCUUUGGUUUAGAGUGCAAUAGUUUAAAGGAUCCCUUAACAGAAUUUCGUAUUAAAGGCGAUAAAGCUUUCUAUACUAUACACCCUCUCAUGGAUGCUUUGGCUUCUUCCUAUCCUAAAUUUUUCCAUAAAUUGGGCUAUAAAGUUUUUACCCAAGAGCUGAUAGAGUUUUAUUCACAAAUUGUGCGACAAAAUGUUGAAAUGCGAGAGAGAAAGGAAAUAAAACGUAAUGAUUUUCUCGAUACAUUAAUUGAGUUAAAGAAUAAGAGAGAGGGUUCAGAAGAUUUCUGUUUACAAAUGACGGAUGUCAUAGCUCAGGCUUAUGUAUUUUUCAUAGGAGGUUUUGAAACCACUUCUAGUACCAUGUCAUUUGCUCUUUAUGAACUGGCUUUAAAUCCCGAUGUUCAGCAAAAAGCUAGAGAGAAUGUCAGAGAAGUGUUGGAGGAAUUUGGUGGCGAGUUCAGUUAUGAGAGUUUAAAUGAAAUGCACUAUAUUAAACAAGUAGUGCAAGAAACUUUGCGAAAACAUCCUGUGGCUCCUACUGGACGUCGAGUGUGUCGCUCUACAUACACCAUAAAUGGACCUCAACCUCUGAUAAUACAACCAGGUGUGCAGAUAAUUAUACCUGUUAAUGCUAUACAUCAUGAUCCAGAUUAUUAUCCAGAUCCCGAGAAAUUUCAACCAGAAAGAUUUAGCACGCCUUUAAGGGAUCAGAGACAUUCAAUGGCAUAUUUACCCUUUGGUGCCGGACCACGCACUUGCAUUGCUGAACGUUUUGGCAUGAUGCAAGCAAUGAUUGGAUUAGCUUUAUUGUUAAAAAAAUUUAAGUUUUCAGUUUGUCCAAGAACUCCAAAAGAAUUGGAUUUUGAUGCUCUUAAUGUAAGGGUGUUUAAUGUUCAGAGUGGUAUCUAUUUAAAAGUGGAAACCCUUAAUUGUUGUCGUAGACUGUACAAACGAAAAUUAACUAAGAGUUAUAGAAAUAUUUUAAUAAUAUCCGUUAAAAUGUUAAUACUCAUAGCUUUAAGUGUUAUUAUAUUUUUUUGGUUAAAAGAACACUAUUCGUAUUGGGAGAAACGAAAUGUUCCUCACGAAAAGCCCACAUAUUUUGUGGGCAAUAUGCGAGGCAUAGGAAGAGAAUACCAUUGGAAAGAUAUAAAUCAACGUAUUUAUAGAAAAUUUAAAGGUGUUACUCCCGUGGCCGGCUUUUACACAUUUCUUACGAGAGCUGCCUUUAUUUUAGAUUUGGAUUUGAUUAAACAAAUAAUGAUUAAAGAUUUCCAAAGUUUUAGCGAAAGAAAUCUGUUUCACAACGUACGUGAUGAUCCUUUAACUGGUAAUCUGUUAUUUUUAGAUGGUGAGAAAUGGCGUGUGUUGAGGCAUAAGCUAUCACCGGUUUUCACCACUGGUAAAAUGAGAUUUAUGUUUCCCACUGUGGUUAAAGUGGGAGAGAAAUUACCCUCGGCGUGUAAGAAAUUUAUAGAGGAAUUUGAAGGCAUAGUGGAGGCUAAAGAUCUGUGUGCUCGCUAUACUACCGAUGUUAUUGGCACUUGUGCUUUUGGUAUUGAAUGUAAUAGCUUAAUAGAUCCACAAGCGGAAUUUAGACAAAUGGGUAGAUAUAUAUUCGAGAAACCACGUCACAAAGGUGUCAUACAGGCAUUUAUGUUUACCAAUCCGGCACUGGCUAGAAAACUAAGAAUGAAAACAUUUCGUGAUGAUGUCAGUGAUUUCUUUAUGAAGGUAGUUAAAGAGACUGUGGACUAUAGACAAAAGAAUCAAGUCAAACGUAAUGAUUUUUUGGAUAUGUUAAUAGAAAUGAAAAAACAACGUGAUUAUUUACUAGAAUCGGGUCAAACAGUAGAUGAAAAUGAUUUGACAAGUGGUUUGAACAUAGAGCAAUUGGCAGCCCAGGCUAUAGUAUUCUUUUUAGCCGGUUUCGAUACUUCCUCCACCACCAUGUCUUUCUGUUUAUAUGAAUUGGCUCUCAAUCAGGAAAUACAAAAUAAAUUAAGAAAGGAAAUUUCAGAAGUUUUGGCUCAACAUGAUAAUCAAGUAACCUAUGAGAGUAUUAAGGAAAUGAAGUACUUAGAUAUGGUAAUAGCAGAAACUUUGCGCAAAUACUCGGUUACUCCACAUUUAGUGCGCAAAUGUGUUAAAGAUUUUCAAAUACCCAAUACCGAUUUAGUAUUGCAAAAGGGUCUACGGGUUAUUAUACCCUUAGAUAGUAUACAUAAUGAUCCCGAUUACUAUCCAGAACCGGAGAAAUUUAAGCCAGAACGUUUCCUUCCCGAAGAAGUACAAAACAGACAUCCCUGUGCUUAUAUGCCCUUCGGUGAUGGUCCACGCAAUUGUAUUGGUAUGCGUUUUGGUAAAAUGCAAGCCCAAAUUGGUUUGGUAUCCCUCUUGACAAAAUUUCGUUUUGAUAAAUGUGAACGUACACAAAUACCAUUAAGAUUUUCUAAGUUAAAUUUUCUAAUUGGAACCGAAAGUGGCAUACACUUAAAGGUGGAAAAGUUAUAAAUGGGUUUUUAAAACCUUCACAACUGAUAAGUACAUGUCUUACUAAGACUUGAUAUCAGAAAUAUUUCAUAAACAAAGAGUUUUUAUUUAUUUACGAAAAUUUAAUUACAACAAAAAUCGUAUUUAUUAAUGAGUUGUUAAUUAUUGUUAAAAGUGUAUAUAUGUGUACGUAAAUUUAUGCUGAUAAUGCUUUUUUAAAAUUCAAAUAAGUAAUAAAAUGGAAAAAAUGCAUUUUAUUUUUAGA